AUGCCUUCCUUGUGCAACCCCCACAACGCGUACGAGAAGUUGACGGACAGCGAGGACGUGGACUCUGCAGCAAGCACUGCAGGACUGGAUCCCAAGUGCAAAGUGCGCGAUGCCGUGAAAAGCGCCGUCGCACGAUCGAAGGCCACCGCCCGACGAGUCUGCCGUGCAAUUCCGCGAUUCCAGAAGAAAGAGCCCGCCAUCCACCCGCAGAGCGCCAGCCCUCUCUUCUCCAAACUCCCACUCGAAGUCCGACAGAAGAUAUGGAAGUACACCCUCGCGCCUGAUUGGAGUGAGCCAGCGCCACAUUUCCAUAUUGAGGAUCAGGUUCUCCACUCGUGCACCGACGUGGCCCUUAUCAGCUGCGAGAAAAGUGCAGGACGCCGCCCGACGGGGACAGGCCUGCUGUUGACGUGCCGUGCUGCAUACAUGGAAGCGGUCCAAUUCCUGUAUGAGCAGCGGCACUUUACGCUGGUUGUGGUGUCUAGCCACUCAGGUCCGGGGUACAAGCCGUGUCGGACGCCUCUUGGCACACUGGAUCGAUGGGAGAGACUCUUGAGUCAUAUGCGAUACGUGACGCUCAUCAUCCAGCCGGGAGGGAGGCCGCGGAGGCAGGAGUUCAUUGGUCGGAUCGAAAAACUGCUAGACGCCGCCAACUACUUCUGGAGAGCCAGGGAGCUGUGUGUUCAUUUCAACCUUCAUCGCGGUUUCAUGAGAGACCGCGGGGGAGCCCAGAGAUUUCAAGAGAUCGCACAAGCCUUGUGUCCCCUGGCGAUCAAGACCGGGCCCAUAUGUGUGCGGGCGUGCGGCGGCCAUGCGGACAUGGAUCAGGACACGCUGAGGGUAAUGAAAGCUUUUCGUAAGCGGCUCUUCGCUACAAGGGUGGUGUGUUCUAGCCACGCCGACUGCUGUGGUGGAUUGGGACAGUGUCUGAGGAGAGGGAGGGAGGACUGGUCGGCGUACCGUCCAGCCGUGAGAUCCACAUCGCAUUCGGCGGAUUCCGAACUGAUGUUCGCGGGUGGUGCGGCGGCCUUUGUAUUUGGGUUCUGA